CUAUUGACCAGAAUGGAACAUCUGGGUUUGGACCGACAUGAUGUGAGUACGGGGAGAGCAGCAUAAAUAGGGCCACGCAGCACUCAGAUGAGAGAGAGAGACUGGACACGAAAAAGCCGAGCCAGAACCAAGAUUUUGGAAUAUGAAAGUUUACUUGUGAAACAGUGUGUGAUAGUGUUUAGCUUAGUGUUUUAGGAAAGACUGUGUAUCGGUGUUGUGAAGAGGGAAUAAUAAAGCCUCACCCUAAGAAGGAAAGCUGCUUCUCGCCUCCUCUUUCACACUGGUGCCGAAACCCGGGAUUGAAGUUUGGAUCGAAGAUGGAUGGCGGACGUCCCGUAGAGUCCUCCCAGUUGGCGGAGAUCCUCCAAGCCCUCGCCAGCCUACAUCAGAACCACCAACAGAUGCUGCUUGAGCUCCGACAAGAUCAAGACCGCCGGUUUGUCGAGCUCAUGCAUGCUCAAGCCGAGGACCGGCAGGCGAUCCGGAGCCUCCUCAGCCAGGGGGCAUCCUCAGCCGCGACCCCGGACACUCCCACGCCGUUACCCCCACCAGCAUUACAGAAAAUGGGGGCGGCGGAUGACCCUGAGGCCUUCCUGGAUUUUUUUGAGCGGACCGCCGAGAGCUGGGGCUGGCCGCUCGGCCAAUGGGCAGCCCAAUUGAUCCCACUAUUGUCCGGGGAAGCCCAGCUCGCGGCUCAACAACUGCCAGCGUCGAGCCUCCUGGCCUACAGAGAUUUAAAAAGAGCCAUCUUGCAACGGGUUGGUCUCACUCCGGAGGAAAGUCAUCAACUCUUCCGGAGCUUGAAGUUGGAGAGCUCUGACUACCCGUUUGCCUUUGCCCAGCGGCUCCGUGACGCCUGCCGAAGAUGGCUGCUAGCGGGGGAUCGCGACGUCCAGGGAAUUAUCGACCAGGUGGUACUGGAACAGUUCAUAGUUCGACUGCCAAAAGGGACGGCGGAGUGGGUCCAUUGCCACCGCCCGGCGUCGUUGGAGGAAGCUAUCCGACUUGCGGAGGACCACAUGGCGGCGAUUCCGAGGGCGGAAGAGCCCUCCUACAUUUUCUCUCCUCCCUCUGUUUCUUCCCCCUCCCCUCUCUCCUCUCAUUCUGCUCUCUCUCCAGGUCCCGUUCCUGCCCCACGCAGAUGAGGAGGACCUCAACCCCUGAGACCAGUUCCC